AUGGGGCCGUGCAUCAUGAUGCAUAAGGUGAUGGCAGCGGAUGAAUGGCACGACAAUGGGCCUCAGGAUCUCGUCACAACCAUCCCGCAGGUGAAGAAGGCGGGUGUGGAGAUCCUGAGCUUGCGACGUUACACGUGGUCUGCAGUUGUGAUGCUCCAGCCCAAAGUAGACGGAAGUAGAUUGUUUGCAUGGAAGAGGUUAGUGCUAGCACUGCUGACCCUAGUGAUGUGGGUUCAUCCAACGCUUGAACGGAUACUGGAGCCAUCACCGGAAUGCUACUCUUUUGUCAAGUCCAGGUCCUCAUAUCUCCUCUACACUAGAAAGAGCUUUGUGGGGAAUGUCCCCAUUCUGGACUACAAGGUCACAGAGUUGACCAGCUUUGACUCUGGGUUUGAGCUGCGUACUCUGGACCCGGGGGGGAUAUUCUUUGGGGACAUCGACGGGCAGCAGAACUACUUCCUGCUGGCGGUGGUCCAUGGGAAUCUGAGCGUUCAGACGAGCCGCGGGGACAGACAGGUCCUCGUCACCUCAGGGCCAAGAUUGAGUAAUGGAUUAUGGAUGCCGAUUACAGUGAUGAAACAGGAGGGAGCUGUGGCUGUGCCCGUGGGUUCGGAGGCAGUCGUCACAGUUCAGCAGUCCGCUGAGAGCCACAUGGCCGAGAUAGGCAACAGAGUUACACAUGGGAUACGCAAAUUGCUGCUGGGAAGCUCUUCAGCUGAGCCAGAUGGUGCAGACUGGACUCUCUCUGUGGAGCUAGCUCUCAGAACCGUUUCAGCCAGAGGCUCUCUCCUCAUCCUCGUAGACACUCAGAAUGACUACAUUAUCUCCUUGAAACUCAACCACCCUUCACAGGUAACACACCGGAACUAUACAGCCUCACGGCCCAACUGA